AUGUUACGACUCUCCAGUCGGUGCCACUUGUAUGAAAAGCUUGGGCGCACAAAACUUGGCGCAGAAGUGUUGUUGAAAACACGCAAUGAUAUGCGAGGGUUUGGGAAGGACAGUAAUUUUAUUGUUCGAUUUCUCGCGCGCAGGCGACCGAUUGAUUUCUUAGCGUUGGAGGUGGAUGGCCGUUUAGCACGGGAAUUGCAUCCCUCUUUUCGUAUUGUAAAAAAUGCAUGUACUCUUUUACUUAUGGGACCCGUUUUUGUAAUGCUCGUCAGUGGCAUGAUGUCACCUACUUAUUAUCUUUUAGUUUCUACCAAUAUAAUGACGGUGGAUCGUUACAAUGGUUUAUGGGAAUUUUCGCACUGGGCGGUGGUAUUGUGUGGGCAGUUGUUUGUGUUUAUUUUCCUUUACGACCUUUCGGUGUAUGUUCGUUAUCCAUUUUUUGCCUAUAUUUUAGUGCCCAUGUACCGGCGUUUGGGUCUGCAGCGUCAUCAGAAUGUUACGGUUCCAUUGGAUGAGGUAAGGCGACGGGCACGCGCAAAACCGUUAGGCGCUCCGUUGAGUACUGUAGGAAAGAAACUUAAGAAUAAACGAACAGGAACACGCGGUUCCUGA